GGAAUUAGAGUCCCAGCCCAGCAGCUCAGCAGCCGCCAGCAGCAGAUGACUGUCUCCGUGUCGUGUCACUGCGCUGCGCAUCAACAGGGCUCAAUGUGGAUUUUCUGCGUCGUGAAACUUUUUCAUUCGACGCAGCUACAGUACAUGUUUUAAUGACAAGGAGAUCCACUUGCAUUCUUUCAUGGCUCCACUUUGAACAAAAAAAACAACAACUCUGUCGGAUCCGAGAGGCCAGAUUUAUGCUGGUCACACAGACUGGGACCCCAAUACGUGCUCCUUGAGAUCUUUUCCCACACAGGUCAGUGUCUCUGUCAGUAGACUGGCUCCAAUUUGUGUCAACUGUUGCCACCAGCGUCCCCGGCCUUUACUGUAAUUGAGAGAAGGAUCAGGUUUAAGCACAGCUGCCAAAGACUGCAAUGUCAUCAAAAAUGCAGAGCUCCAGUAGCAUAGCUCAGGCCAGGCGGACGGUGCAGCAGCUGAGGAUAGAGGCCAGCAUCGAGAGGAUAAAGGUGUCCAAGGCUUCAUCAGACCUGAUGCGCUACUGUGGAGAACAUGCCAAGAAUGACCCGCUACUCAUGGGUAUCCCCGCUUCAGAAAACCCUUUCAAGGACAAAAAGCCUUGCACUGUUUUGUAGGGGAACACCUGAACUCCUUUUGAUUCUUAUGUGGAUAUUAGCUGAUAGUAAUACUGUUCACAACUUAUCUUAAGACCAGUGUACCAUCCUAACCUUUUCACAUGCCUGCUGCAGUUCAAGGAAUGUAUGCCUCUCUGCCUUGCAGUCAGAUAGCAGUUACACCAAAGAACAGGCAGGUCAGAAGCUGUGGCCUCAGUUUAAAACUUUAGCUCAAAGAUUAAAAGUGCGUAUGAUGGUUCAGUGGGGACUUUUGUUUCUCUGCACUUGUUGUCUGACAAGAUGUAGGAGGCCACAGACCUCGGCCUGAAAGGAGCUGUGCCAUGGAUGGGAGAGUUCCUGACUCUCUAAUUAUCACAGUGUGCAUAAACAAGCCCCCUCAAUCGUUGGUCCAAUCAGAUUUUAGGCUUUCAGCUUUCACCUCUUGCUUUCAUUAGGCUUGCUUCAGGAAACAGUCGCGCAUCCGCGAUAAUGAUAUCCUGUCGUUGGACGAGUAAACUGUGCUGUCCAUCACAUGGAAAGAGUGAAGGUCCAUUUGCCACUGAUACACAGCUUCUGCUUAAUAUUUAGUCUUCUAGUCACAGUCAGAAAUAAUAGUCUGUAAAAACUGGCCAUUUUAAGAUAUUGAGAAUUUCUUUUUCCAGUGUUAGGAUAUAGAAUCACUUACAGUGUAGAUUCAGAAUUUUGGGAUAAGUUGACACGUGAUUUUCUGUUUUCUUUCCUUCAAGCUAGUUGCAUUCCUGUUAUACGACUUUCCAUACCUACUUAAUUUGAAUCCAAUGCAAAGCUAUUAAAUAUGAUGAAUGUGAUGUCUAAACUGAGAAGUUUUAAUAUCAGAGGGGUGAAUUCUGUUGACAAAAUAGUCUAGAUGUCUCUUCUUUUUUUUUUUACUCAUUUGGUUUGCAUUUGCCUUAAAAAGUCAUUUAAAACGUUUGGUCCAAUUAUCUCUAAAAAUUAAACAUGUAUAGAUAAAAAUACCAGUAUGAACUUUUGAGAUCAUUGCACAUUGUGCAUGAACCUUUUGCAAGAGGUAUUCCUUAACUUAUGUAAAUAAAUAUUCAUUAUGAGGCCAUCAUUGCUGAAAUAAAGGAUUCCAAUCUGUGCCAUCUUAUCAAAUCUACCUAUUUAAUGUCACUAUUAGACUUUCAGUGUCCCAAAAAAUAUAUAUAUAUAUUUUUAGCAGUCUUCUGUUUUCUGUCUGCAGAGCUGAGGCUUAUUACUGUACUAUUCAGGCACUUUAAAACCUAUAAACACCAGAUGACUGUUAUACUCUUGGGUUUGAAACAUUCCAUGUUUACAACUGCUCUAAAGCUUACUUUGAUUUUAUUAUGAGAACAUAUGACUGGCAGUGUGUAGCUGUGACUUUAUGUCAUUUGUGUGUUGUGUGCUCAUGCAAAACAUAAGCAACUCAUUUUGCAAUUUUACCAGCCAGGGCCUUAAUAAUGAAGUCAUCCAGCUUAAACCUCUGAACUACCUUUUUAGUCACAUAAGUGCUGUUGUCUAAUACUGUGAAUAAGAAAGGCCCUUAGGUGAAGGGAUUAUAUCUUACUACUAUCUAUUAACUCUGUGUAUCACAUCAUAUUUCAAAAUGACUCAUGUUCAAUAAUGAAUUGCAUUAAGAUAUAUCUCCAUAUAUGUCCAUAAAUAUUGUAGCCCAGUAUGUAUUUCCAUGAACCACAUGUAUGUGCUUGCUUUUAACUGUUUAAUGUACUUUAUAGGAUCAUACUGAUUCAGUCAAACAUCAACUUUAAAUUUCUGUUUUGCGACAUUAAUUCAACUUUUUGAAUUAAAGCUGAAUGUGUUAUUUUGGUUAA